GACGAGCUGCCGAUAUGAUGGGUGGCGAGCUUGCGCACUCGGGCAGAGGACAGGACUUUUAGCACUCCAGCGAACUACGCCACGAGCAGAAGGGAGAAGCUGGGCGACCUCGUAGAGUUGGCAGAAGCCUGGAGACAGACCAAAAGCCGGGACGGACCCCCACCCUUUAAUGGUUUGGUCAUUGGUGGCCAUGAUACGGGCAACGGACGAACUGCGAAGUGCCAAUCUGGAUGUGCGAGGUUCCGGGGGCAGCGAGCCGGUUGAUGAGAGUGGAACAGACACCAAGCGCAUGGCAGGGUCCAGGAGUGGAUGUCGAGGUGCUGGCUCCUGGGGUAGAGCAGUCUGCUCAGCCGUGCUCACCAGUCAGCUACCGACAACUUAUCGCCCGGGUGAAGAAAAAUGUGGUUAGGCGCAAUGCGCUUCAGAGGAGUCCAGAAAGUACCCCAUACCUUCGGGAGAACAUGGGGCGCGUUAGCGACGGGUACCCAUCAUCCUUGCUGCGCCGGCGCAUCGCGACAUUCAUGGGUAGCGCUAGAGCUCGCCGGGGCCGGAGCCGGCUGCAGAUACCAGGAAACCCCAGCGAAGCCACGCAUGCGUGUGUCCGUCUGCUGGCAGCCGUGAAUGGUUACAGUGGUCACGUCGAAUUGAGCAUAUCUCCAAAACUAGCUUCCGCCUGGGACGCACGGCAUGCUCGUGGCCCGCGGUCGAGUCAAGCCAGUCCUGAUGUGAUCCGGGAGCACUGGGGGUCACCGUCUUUCCUGUCUGGGCAUGUUCGAGCCGUGUGGUGGAGCUCUAGUAAUGGCAAACCGCCACAGAAAUUAGGUGCUUUGCGGGCACCGGGAUCUCGAGGCACGGGGAGGGAUAGCUGCUUCCAUGCAGCAGGCAUGCAGGAGGGGAUGGGCAGCCGGCCGUGGUUGGAGAGGAGGCCAGGGUGGGCUGCACCGACUUUACAGUACUUGACAAGCGUCCCUCGGGCCACAAAGUGUCUUGGCCAGCCGUCCAUCAAUGGCGGGGAGAAGCGGUAGCGAAUGGGUGACGGCCAAACGGGCACGCCAUCGCUGGGACAGGACAAUUAUGGCAAUAUCAGACGGCAGAAGGUGUCACGGCCGGCUGUUCCAGGGCUUAGCGAAAGUGCAUACUGUAGCUCCCGGCUGCCGCGAUUUCGUCCAGGAUCUGACGAUAUAUCGGUAGGUCAAGGCGUGUUAAACUCACUCGCUCCUCAACGAUGA